AUGCUCAGACACCUACAUGCUCCACCCAUGUCCAUGCUGCUUCUCUUCACUGGCCCUUCGAUCAUGAGACUCCCUUUGCUUCUUUUCAUUCUCCUUCUCUUUUUGGCUCUCGUGCACCCAGGAAAAGCUGGUGUUAUUCCAGGGCUAAAGCAGUGUGUUAAUCUGAAAGGGGUGUGUAAAGACAAAGGGUGCACCAGCAUAGAGACCGAUAUUGGUGUGUGUAAUGAUGAAAAGAAAUGUUGCAGGAAGUGGUGGAUAUUUGAGCCCUAUCCAACGCCAAUUCCCAAAGGAAAAUCUCCUUAG